AUGUCGGCGCAGAGCCUGCUGAGCAGCGUCUUCUCCUGCUCCUCCCCGGCCGCGGCCGCCCCCGCCGCCGCCAAGAGCCUCUCGAAGCGGAGGCUCCGCCAGACGCGCAGCCUCGACCCCGCCAUCAUCGGCGGCGGCCGGGAGGAGGGCGAGGGCGCGGGCCGGGUGCCCCGGGCGAGGGCCGCCGGCAGCCCCCCGUGGGAGCCCCGCGCCCCCCGGGGCUCCUCCGCCUCCACGCCCAGCUCCCCCCUGGAACGCUCGCCGCCGGGCAUCGCGCUUUUCGACGGCGGCAGCCCCCGCGGCAAGCGCAGCCCCGGCCGCGAACCGCCCUUCCUGCCGCGCGCUCCCUCGGCCUCGGCGCUCAGCGGCCCCGCCGCCGCCAACAGCAUCUUCUCGUCGCCCCGCCGCUGGCUGCAGCAACGCAAGGGACAGCCCUCGCCACCCGGCUCGCGCCCCGCCGCCUACUUCGUGCGCAAGUCCGAGGGUGAUUUCACUUGGAACAGCAUGUCAGGGCGCAGCGUUCGGCUGAAGUCAGUUCCCGUUCAAAGUCUCUCAGAGCUGGAGCGCGCUCGGCUGCAGGAAGUGGCUUUUUAUCAGCUGCAGCAGGAGUAUGACCUGGGAUGUCAGAUUACUAUCCCCAAAGAUGGGCAAAAGAGGAAGAAAUCACUAAGAAAGAAACUGGACUCAUUAGGAAAGGAGAAAAACAAAGACAAAGAAUUUAUUCCCCAGGCUUUUGGAAUGCCCUUGUCACAAGUGAUUGCUAAUGACCGGGCCUACAAGCUCAAGCAAGACUCUCAAAAAGAAGAGCAAAGAGAUGUUUCAGAUUUUGUGGCCUUUCUCUUACCAUUUGGAGCAAAAAGGCAGAACAAAGAACUUUCCAGCAGUAACUCAUCUCUCAGCUCCACCUCAGAAACACCAAACGAAUCCACUUCUCCUAACACGCCAGAGCCAGCACCGCGAGCAAGGAGGCGUGGUGCAAUGUCUGUGGACUCUAUUACUGAUCUUGAUGACAAUCAGUCACGGUUGUUAGAAGCUCUCCAGCUCUCUUUGCCAGCAGAAGCCCAGAGCAAGAAAGAAAAGGCAAGAGAUAAGAAACUAAGCCUGAACCCUAUUUACAGGCAGGUUCCGCGGCUUGUAGACAGUUGCUGCCAGCACUUGGAAAAACAUGAUAAUUUCCUAGGAGAUGAUCUCCUCCCAGAUGGAAGAUCUAUGCUACAAGCUUGCUAACUGGCCCAUUCAGCAUGGAGGAAGAGCACUUUCUUGGAGGUCAUUCAUUUCAGAGCUGGAGUGAUCAUCUCUGAAUGAAUGACUUUUUACACAGUACAGGUUUACACACCAUGAGAAUG